UGAUGUUUAACUUUAAAAAGUACCUCACUCAUUAUGAAGUAUAUCACAUUAAGAGUGUUGAAUUAUUGAUCCAAUUUAACAUGUUAAUGUUUAAGCAGGUGCUGGUGAUGUUAAUCAUCACAUUUCAUGAGCUCAUUCUAUUUUGAAUUGAACUUUAUCUGCAAAGUAAUGUUACAGAGCAACAGAGAUCAGACAGGAGCAAAACACUUUUAUUUUUUUCCUCUGAGAUAUUGUGUGUUAAGUGUUAGAAGUGGUAAGUGGAGAAUCUCAGGAAAAGUACCAGUAUCUCACAAAUGUACAUUAGAAUUGUGCACACGUUUAUUUACUUUACCUUCCAGCAGAGCUUUGGACAUUAGACCUAAACUGGAGUCAGACUUACUUAAAAAAAUAUUGGCUUUAUCAAGUUUUGCCCUGACUUGACAAAGCAAAAACAUUCAGAUUCAGUGUUUAUGAAUCAUACUUCUGCCUUUCACCGCUAGGCUUGUUUCCAGGCGGCAUCUGGGUGAUCAUCACUUGGAUUUGAAGCCUUUGCAGUAAGCAUUCAUGCUGUCAUCGCACACAGACACCACAGAGGGUUGGUUGCACCAAAGCGGAAGUGCUGGGAACCAGGAAGCGCAGGAAACAGUGCGCUGUUACUAUCGACCAUGGUCAGGUGGAGAGCCGCCUGCUAACAGACACAGCUGGCCCACCCUGAUACACGCAUUCAGGGGGAGACAUGGGAGGGUCCCAAAGCGUCGAGAUACCGGGCGGAGGAACGGAAGGCUACCACGUCCUCAGGGUGCAAGAGAAUUCCCCCGGUCACUGUGCAGGACUGGAGCCAUUCUUUGAUUUCAUCCUUUCCGUUAGUGACACCAGACUGAACAAGGACAAUGACACCCUAAAAGAGGUGCUGAAGAUGAAUGUGGAGAGACCCGUCAAGAUACUGUUGUACAGUAGCAAGACACUGGCGGUGAGGGAGACAACAGUCACACCCAGCAACAUGUGGGGGGGCCAGGGGCUUCUGGGACUCAGCAUUCGCUUCUGCAGCUUUGAGGGAGCAAAUGAAAAUGUUUGGCAUGUUUUGGAAGUGGAACCAAACUGCCCUGCAGCCCUGGCCGGUUUGAGGGCCCACGCCGACUACAUUAUAGGAGUUGACACGGCCAUGAACGAGAGUGAAGAUCUGUUCUCCGUGGUUGAAACCCAUGAGGGGAAGGAGCUGAAGCUGUAUGUUUACAACACAGAUACCGACAACUGCCGUGAGGUGGUCAUCACUCCAAACUGUGAUUGGGGUGGAGAAGGCAGUCUAGGGUGUGGGAUUGGCUACGGCUACCUGCACAGAAUACCUACUCUGCCAUUUUUAGAGGGCAAAAAUAUCAUUUUCUCUGCACGGACUCCCAGUGAGCCCACCACUUCACCUAAAGAUGGCUUCACAGAGGUCCAUCUCUCUGCUGUCAUUCCAACCGUUCCUGUUGUGGUGUCUUCUUCUGCUUCCACUGGAUUAGAGCAGGCUCUCACCGCUGUGUCAGUCAGCUCUAACCUGACCACUGCUGUUAGCAAUCUACAAACAGGCGCUCCUACCGUCCCGCUGCCCAGCCACGCCCCCUCCUCACAAAGCGCUCCCCUGUCUGUCAAUCAUGCUGCCAUACAACCAGGUUUAAUGCCCUUACCUGGAGGUCUUCCACCCUUUCCUCAUUUACCAAAUCUAAAUAUCACAUUACCAGACAUGGGCCACGUAUUGCCACCUGGAGUUGGUGGAUAUCAACAUGCAGGUCUCCCACCUCUCUCCCUGCCAGGUGUUGUACCUGGUGUAACUCUGCCUCCGUCUCACUUUGUUCUUCCCCCAACCACUGCUAAUGCAUCUCCUGCUAUUACCAUGCAUACCAGUGCCACAUAUCCCUCCUCCACUAUCCAAAUUAACUCUUCACUGACUAGAACCCCCAUCCCAUCAUCAGUGGCCACCUCUGAAUCAAUAAAUAUCACAAUGACUGCAGACUCAUCUUAGCAGAGAGGACCGAUUAAGGCCGUCAGCCUGCUCUUAAGUCUUAACACAAUAUAGCCGGCCCAUAAGCUGCACAACUCAGUUGACAAAUUGUUCCUGAACACUAUUACAGUUGUACAAGCCCAAGUUUCUUAAAGACACUAGAACCAUGUGCUGGUUUUCGCCUCCCGAAGCGUGAAUGUGUGUCCAGCAGCAGCAGUUCAGCAUCUUAAGAGCAGUUUGUUGAUGGCAGUAGAAGGACAAUAACAAGAAUCAAGCAUUCACUGUCGCAAAAUAACUUUUGAAAAUAGUUUGUUACUUAAUAGAAAUACAUGUGUUGGCUUUUUGAGCUCUGUUCAAAGACAAAGUGUGUGUAUGUAUGUAUGUAUGUAUGUAUGUAUGUAUGUAUGUAUAUAUAUAUAUGGGGAAACGGUUUACGUGUGCAAGUCUGUUGCUUUCUUUUUUACUGGUCAAACAAUGGGAAUUUUCAUUUCCUGAACUACGUAUGUGUUCCCUUACAAUAUUUUUUGCAGCCCUUCUAAUCCACAGGAAUUACUGGUUUGUUGGUCCAGUACAUUUUUUUUAAAGCUAAAGUCACAAUCAAAACUACAGCCGUCUGUCAGUCGAUACGAGAGCUAGCUUUGCUAGUCAUCUAUCCGGCUUCAAUAAUAAGCUUGUGCCUGAGCCACACAGCCGAGGGUAAACCUGCACAAAAUGUUUACAAUCAGCAGUUGUCUACUACAUAUAUAUUACAGCUCAGCUCCUCAAUGGAUCAGAGGAAAUGCAAAAAAAAUAAAAAAUAUUGCAAGGUACCACAAAAAGGAGACCUUUUCAUUGGUUCUGUGAACUGCUAACAGUCUUCAGAGGAACGCGGGGCAGUACCUUAUACUACUGGGGAUUUUACUUUAGAAAAGCAGGUUUGCUUGCUGUAGCCAUUCAACAUAUAAAACGAUUUUGGUUUUGUACAAAAAAAUCAUUUGUAAAGUGAAUUCAUUACCUUGAU